AUGGCAUCACAGGGGAUUGUCAAAAUAUUUGUGGUUGGGGGCACUGGUGCCCAGGGUAUAUCAGUCAUCUCAGGCCUAGUGCGCGACAAAAAGUAUCAGGCUAGGGUACUCACACGCAAUAGCACAUCACCACGUGCUAGGCAGCUGGAAUCACUUGGAAACGUCGAGUUUAUCGAGGGCUCAUUCGCCAGUGAAUACGAUCUUCGCAGGGGGUACCGCGGAUGCGAUGGCGCAUUUAUCAACAUAGAUGGAUUUAACUGUGGCGAGAAAACCGAGACAUACUGGGCAAUACGCGCCUAUGAGCUCGCCAUUGAAGAAGGCAUAAAAUUCUUUGUCUAUGGGAACCUGGACUACGGCUACAAGAAGAGUGGAUACGACCCGAAAUACCUCUGUGGACACUAUGACGGGAAAGGACGCAUCGCAGAGUGGGUGCUUUUCCAAAACCAAUUCAAUCAGGGGCGGAUGAGGGCCGCUGUUUUCACAAGCGGUCCAUAUAUCGAAAUGACGAUUGCGAUCGGGACCCCUAUGUCUCCAACGGUGGAAGACGGGAUUGUUACAUGGCGGGUGCCAUUAGGUUCCGGCGCCAUACCACAUGUGUCUCUUGACGAUUGCGGGUAUUAUGUUCGAUGGAUGUUUGACAACCCCGACAGAGCAAAUGGAUUGGACCUGGAAGUUGCGAUUGAGCACGUACACUACGAGGACCUAGCUCGUGCUUUUGAGGCAGUCACAGGCCAUCCAGCGCGGUUUAUUGACGAAGAUCUGGACAACUACUGGGCCAGAGGACCUUUGAGCAUGGCGGCAGAGCUGGGGGGAGGGUAUAACUCCGAUCCUAGUGACCCGGCUUUCAUGACGGUCCGGGAGAAUUUCACUGGGUUUUGGAAUCUGUGGAGGGACUCGGGUAAGAAUCAGGGGAUCAUCAAGAGGGACUAUAAGCUGCUUGAUGAGAUACACCCAAACAGAAUCAGGACUGCUGAGCAAUGGUUUCGUGUGGCAAACGAGCAAGGAUUAAAGGACGGUGGGGUCACUCUAUGGGAAAGAGUGCAGCCAGGGAAUAUGAGGCCAAUCUUGAAAUUAGCUGAAGACGGAAUGAAGGGGUCACUCUGA